AAGUAUAAAAAAUGUAAUAAAAAAAAAAGUUACUGUAUAAAAAUGUGAUAAUGUUCGUCAGGAAACAAAACUGUAUUGUCCCAAUUACACUGGGCAGGAAAUAAAGUGCCUGGGAAAUAAAGGGCCUUCUGAGAGAAAAUGUCCAUGUCGCGCAGUUUUUUUUAGUCAAAACCAUAUAAAAAUGGCCUAAAAGCGUCUUCCAGGAGAGAAAUAAGCCCCCCGGGGUGAGAGGUGAAGGGGGGCUGCCCAGGGACACGGGCUACUGCUGGAGGCUUCAUUGCAUUGUGGGUGUCAGUACAUGUGACGCCAUAUCUGCCGGUGCCGCCGCUGUAAACAACAAAAAGUGUCUGAGGGAGACAGACAAGAGCCGCUCCAGUGGAUCUCAGGACAUUUUAUUUGUUGUUGUUGCCGGAUUCCUCCCCUCUCGGCGGCGGUCAUGUCUCUGGGAAUGUCUUACAAGCCCAACCCGAACGCGCAGCACCCCGCCAGUAACCCCGGCUUGCAGGCUGGGAGUGCCCAUUCCCCUUCAACAAGUAUGGUAUCGACUGCACAAUACAGGCAGCUAGUUAAUGACUAUGGACCUCCAUCUUUAGGAUAUGCGCAGGUUUCUAAUAGUAAUCAGGUUCCUCAGAGCAAGUAUGCAGAACUUCUUUCCAUCAUUGAAGAGCUGGGUAAAGAAAUUAGACCAACAUAUGCUGGCAGUAAAAGUGCUAUGGAGAGAUUUAAAAGAGGUAUCAUCCACGCUAGGGGCUUGGUCCGGGAAUGUUUGGCCGAAACAGAGCGUAAUGCAAGAUCCUAGCUCUGCCACGUCCCAACUUUCUGAAGCCAACAGCUAUUUCUUUUUGAAUUUGCGAAAAUGCCAGAGCUGUCUUUCUGCGUACCAGAUGGGUUCAUCAAAUGCAUUUUGAAUAAUUUCUUUGUUCAAAGGCUGCUGAACACAAGAUAAGAUUUUUACAUAUUAACAGAGUUUUCAUUGAAAAGAGUUAUACGUUAUUCCUGGCUCUUUUUUUUUUUUAAGCGAGUGCAUGGUUUCUGCUACAUUGCUUCUAAGUUACAAUAUAUUUACAUUUUAUUCAUGUACAUUAACACAAGCCGAGUCCUACCAAUUCAAUACAAUACAUUUUGUGUUUUAAGGACACUGCAUGACUUUUUUUUGCCUAUAGAUUUGUGUUUGAUAUCAUUUUGUUUUUUACUUGAUUGUAAUCCUUUAUAGUUUUCAUUUAAAAAGACAAAUUUGCAGCACCAUGUUCGAGAAUAUUUUUCCCAGUAACUGAUGUCACUUUUCGGGGAGAAGAUUCUCGGAUAUAUGGAAUUUGCAAAAUCUUUAAAAGUGCCCAACAAACAGUAGACGAGUAUUGUUUAUUUUCGGUUAGAGAUUGAAGAGAUUGAAGUAUUGAAAGGGAUUGUAUUACUGGCCUAUGCACUUGCAUGUCUGUAAACAUAUUUGCUAACCACUCAACAUGCAUGAUUUAUUUAAAAAAACGAGAACAUUUACUUUUCUAUAGGUGGAUCUAGGUGUCUGCCAUAACUGCAGUUAAUAUACACAAAAAGGCUGUGUUGGGAAAAUGAAAACUAACAAUUUGCAUCUUUGUAUCUAUUUAUUACUUGAUGUAAUAAAGCUUAUUUUCACUAAAAAAAAA